UUUUAUUCUAAUAUCAUUAAAACAGAAUUUAUAGGAAGAAGAUCCAAAACUUAUACAUAUAUAAUAAGUAAUAUUAAUAAAUUAGAUUGAACUUGGAAAUUAAUAAGUGGGGUUCACUUCAUGCCAUGACUCCUAUAAGGCCAAAACAGAUCUUCUUGUAAACUCUCUCUCUCUUUCUCAAACUCUUAUUUUCUUCGUAAGAGAUGGAACUAGCACUGUGUUUAGGCGAGAAUACUAACAAGUUCUCUUUUCUGGAGAAACCCUCGAAGAUUAAUAAUAAUCAUCCCUCUGCCUCGUCGACCUCAACUUCCAACAAGAAUCUUGAGUUCUGCAUGGGUUUCGAUGUUGGUUUCUCUGGUCACAGAUCGUUGUCAUCCUCUUCGUCUCCGUCGGUAGAAGAUGAGAAAAAUAAACUGCCGCCGAUAGCAAAUGAUUCUGCUGGAUUUAGGGUUUCGUCUUCCGUAGAUCCGUCAUUAAAGCUUCAGCUUCACUUCCCUUGGCUCCCUGAGAACAGUCAGCAAGGAGGAGGAGCUACGGUGGCGGAGGAGGAAGAUGAGGCGGUGCCUAGAAUGUCAGUGUCGCCGCCCAACAGCGUAACGUCGUCGUUUCGGUUGGACUUUGGUAUUAAGAGUUAUGGUUAUGAGCGAAGAAGUAAUAAGAGAGAUAUCGAUGAUGAGGUUGAGAGAUCUGCUUCAAGAGCCAGCAACGAAGACAACGAUGACGAAAACGGAACCACCAGGAAGAAACUAAGACUCUCUAAAGACCAAUCUGCUUUUCUUGAAGACAGCUUCAAAGAACACAGCACCCUAAAUCCUAAGCAAAAGAUUGCGUUGGCGAAGCAGUUGAAUCUUCGUCCUCGUCAGGUUGAAGUUUGGUUUCAAAACAGACGAGCCAGGACAAAGCUGAAGCAAACGGAAGUGGACUGUGAAUAUCUAAAGAGAUGUUGUGAGUCACUAACCGAAGAAAACCGGAGGCUUCAGAGAGAGGUUAAAGAAUUGAGAGCCUUAAAGACUUCUUCUCCUUUCUACAUGCAACUUCCUGCCACCACUCUCACUAUGUGCCCUUCUUGCGAACGCGUUGCCACUUCAGCACCACAGCCCUCCACGUCAGCUGCCCACAACAUCGGUUUGUCCACAUCAUCAUAUCCGGUUAAGCCUCGACCGGCCAAACAAGUUUCAUGAAAGCAAGUGCCAAAUAUAUGGUUACCCUUCACCCAAUACAGUUUGAGCAAAUGGGAGUGGUUUUUUUUAAAAAAAAUUAAUCUUCUUGUGUAUAUAUAUUAAGAUAUAUUUUCCAUAGUAUUUGGGACCGACCGUCUCCUAUUUUUAAAGACGACUAGAGCGAUUAUCGAUCCGGUUCGUGUUUGUUUUUCUUUGGAUAGGACCGGAUAAGGGUUUACAUGUUUAUUGAGUGAAAGACAACAAAGAGAAAAAGGAAAAAAAAAGAAAGGUGGUUUGAUAUCUUCUUCAUCUUUCGUAAAGUUGUUUUUCUUUUAUUAAAGCAAAAUGGUUUCUCGUGCA